AUGCUCUCUUCCACCAUCUUCCCAACUCAAAACUUCUACAAAUCUUUACAAAGUCUCGUCUUUCUUUUCGUCUAUUUCCAAAUUCUAUUCGCCUAUCCGUAUACAGAAGACCCGACUGAGACUUUUAACGAGCAAACCUGCAGUCCACAAUGCCACGAGCAGGUGUCGGAUUUUCUGUCGUAUCAUGAGUGCUGCGGGGACUCGUGUUGCCAUCGAUAUCGCUUCUGGGUGAUACCUGGAAUGAUUGCAGCGAUGGGGUUUUUCGGCGGCGCUUUCUUCGCUCUGUGCUUUCAAUGUCGG